AGAAAAUCCAGGAACUUUGUCGACUCCACUCCAGUAGAAGGCACCCGACAAAAAGCUGAACGACCUACCAAUGACAUAAAAUUGGAAGAAGAAGUGUUGUGAAUGACGGAAAAGACAUGGCAGCGGCCGGGAGGUUAGUGGUGCAGGCAGUGCGCCCUCACGCCCCAAUGAUAAAGUUCCCUAAUCGUCGGGGUGUGCCAAGCCCAAAUGUGGAAGAGGUACUGAAGAGUACAGGUAUGAGCAUGACAUCGAGUUCAUCCAUGAUUUCAUCGGCCAAAACGGCUCCGACCCAAAUCAGCUACAUGCAGCGUCCGUCUGGUCCACCUGACAGCAUCGCCACCAUCCGAGAACUGCCAAUGAAGUACCGCAGACGAGGUCUGGCCGUGGAGGAAAUGGAUUACAUACAGCGUGGAGGGCCCGAGUGACCUUUGGUAUCUUUGAACCUAACAUGUCUUCAUGUGGAAAUGUGUCAACAGAAUGCUGGCGUCCAAAAUGGAAUAUUUUUUAUGCACUUCGGUUGACUGUUUCAAGAAAAUACUACAGUUUAAUCAUAUGCUGGAGGGAAUGUUAAGUAAUAUUGCCUUUGCCAUUGAAGCACAGUGUACAUAAUAUUGUAGGCCUAUUCAUUAGAUAGAUGAAUUGACCAAUAUUAAACAGUUGAAAGUGCGUCUGUUUUUCAAUGUUUUAUCUUGUGGCCUACAGUCAAAUAUUUCAAUGUCAAACUUGAAGAAAAUGCAAGAGCAGUUCGCAAUUGUCAUGUGAGUAUGUCCCAAGUUUGUCAUCAUAAGUGGUUAUGAAUAGCCUAUAUGUCCAAUAAACUCUAAAUGGUCAGAAUGGCACCAUAUGUACA